GCUGAAGCUCAGAACAGAUGCUAUGUGGACCACAAUGGAGUAAGAGUCCAAGAUCUUUUCUCCGGUGGGGUCUCACUUGGUAGCUUGGAACUUCCUAGCUGGGCUUGAAUUCUUGUGUUAAGGCUUCAGUGUGUGGGAGACCGCCCGAAAUCCCGUUGCUCUUUCCUCCGGGUCCGCUGCUGGAACCAUGUCUUCUGCCGCGUCGACGUCUCUGCGCCAGCGCCGGGUGUUUGUGGUUGGUGUUGGCAUGACAAAGUUCAUGAAGCCUGGAGGUGAAAAUUCAAGAGAUUAUCCUGAUAUGGCAAAGGAAGCAGGCCAGAAGGCAUUGGCAGAUGCCCAGAUCCCUUAUUCCGCUGUGGAGCAGGCAUGCAUUGGCUAUGUGUAUGGCGACUCCACCUGUGGGCAGAGGGCCAUCUAUCACAGUCUGGGACUGACUGGCAUUCCUAUAAUUAAUGUCAACAAUAACUGUUCUACUGGCUCCACUGCUUUGUUUGUGGCCCAGCAACUGAUUCGAGGAGGUAUGGCGGAUUGUGUGUUGGCUCUUGGGUUUGAGAAGAUGGAAAAGGGAUCCGUGGCAGUAAAAUUUCCAGAUCGGACCAAUCCAACUGACAAGCAUGUUGAUGUCUUAAUCAAUAAGUAUGGAUUGUCUGCACACCCACUUGCUCCACAGAUGUUUGGGUGUGCUGGAAAAGAGCAUAUGGAAAAAUAUGGAACAAAAGUUGAACACUUUGCAAAAAUUGGAUGGAAAAAUCACAAACACUCAGUUAAUAACCCGUAUUCCCAGUUCCAAGAUGAGUACAGCUUAGAAGAAAUAAUGAAAUCAAAAAAGAUUUUUGAUUUUCUGACCGUCUUGCAAUGCUGUCCCACCUCAGAUGGUGCCGCGGCAGCAAUUGUGUCUAGUGAAGAAUUUGUAAAGAAGUAUGGCCUGCAAGCCAAAGCUGUGGAAAUUGUGGCACAGGAGAUGAUGACUGACUUGCCAAGCACAUUUGAAGAAAAAAGCAUUAUUAAAAUGGUUGGCUUUGACAUGAGUAAAGAAGCUGCCAGGAGGUGCUAUGAGAAAUCCGGUCUGACUCCAGACGAUGUUGAUGUGAUAGAGCUCCAUGACUGCUUUUCUGCCAAUGAGCUCCUCACCUACGAAGCGCUGGGGCUUUGUCCAGAAGGGCAAGGUGGAACACUGGUUGACAGAGGCGAUAACACUUACGGAGGAAAGUGGGUCAUAAACCCUAGUGGUGGGCUCAUUUCCAAGGGACACCCGCUGGGAGCAACAGGUGACAAUACAUACAGACCUCACAAGUUUUUAUCCUUUUCCAAGGGACACCCGCUGGGAGCAACAGGUCUGGCUCAGUGCGUGGAGCUCUGCUGGCAUCUGAGAGGUGAAGCCGGAAAGAGGCAGGUUCCUGGGGCAAAGGUGGCUCUGCAGCACAAUUUAGGCCUCGGAGGAGCAGUGGUUGUUACACUCUACAGGAUGGGAUUUCCUGAAGCUGCCCGCUCCUUCCGAGCGCAUCAGAUUGAGGCUGCGCCCACCAGCUCUGCCGGUGAUGGAUUCAAGGCAAACAUUGUCUUUAAGGAGAUCGAGAAGAAACUUGAAGAGGAAGGGGAACAGUUCGUGAAGAAAAUCGGUGGCAUUUUUGCCUUCAAAGUGAAGGAUGGCCCUGGGGGCAAAGAAGCCACCUGGGUGGUGGAUGUGAAGAACGGCAAAGGAUCAGUGCUGCCCAACUCAGAUAAGGAGGCUGACUGCACUAUCACCAUGGCUGACUCAGACUUGCUGGCUUUGAUGACUGGUAAAAUGAACCCUCAGUCGGCCUUCUUUCAAGGUAAAUUGAAAAUUGCUGGUAACAUGGGUCUGGCGAUGAAACUGCAAAGCCUCCAGCUUCAGCCUGGCAAAGCUAAGCUGUGAAGAUCUCCAUCUGGAAACCUCAGCGUCAGGAUGAGAUGCAUAGAUAUGUAGAUAACCAAGGCUCCUUCUCCUUUCCCGAUUAGCCUGAGGCAGAUUUGUUGCUAUGUGGGUGCAGCCAAUGGUGGUGUUUCUCCUGAGCUGGGGGUGAUAGGGCCUCACUGCUGCUGCUUUGAAGACUUGCAUGCAACUGUGCAUGACAAGGCUACUAUGGCAGUGAGGGUUGGGGAUAAAUUUGAGUUUCAGAAUAAAACUCAGAACAGUAAAAUCUAACGAUUGUAAACAAAGCUCUUGUUUUGCUUAGAAGUAUAUUUAAGGAUCAAUGUGUGGAACACUUGGAGUGAGAGGUCCCCUUGGGGACCAGAGAAGAAACAGACUUCCAUAGUUGACCAGGAGUCAGUGUCUCACUUUUAAUUACCUACAUCAAGUUCUUACUAAUACUUCUUAAAAUUCUGCACUAAGUUUAAAAAAAAAAAAACAACAACUUUGAAAAUGUGCAUUUCAUGCCAUCUGAAACAGUUCUUUUCUCCCCAAAUAAAAUACAAGAAUUAUGGCCUGAGCUUAGGAGGGAAUUUACAGCUGAACAGAGCUGUUUUUAAAGUACUUUUGAAUUGGCAUCCUUAAAAAAUCAGGGUAUUAGAGCGAUUGGAUGCAAUCACUAAAAAUAAUCGAAUAAAGUUUUCUUCCAGAGGCACAGGUUUCAAAUUAUAACUUCACAUUAAUAAAUUCAUAAACUAAGUCUCACAAUUUUCCUUUUUCAUACAUUUGAUUGUCUGCUGUAUCAUCUCUUCUAGUUUUUCUGAUUCUAAUGCCUUGUUACAACUUAGGUUUGGAUGAUGCUUUUGGAAGAUUUAAAAAGAAAAUUAAAAUAGCUCUUCCUA